UUUAGAUCCAUUCUUUUCUUGAGCUUUAAAAACUUCACUGUAUAAAACAAAUAAGUAUUAUGAAACAUGAUUCCACAUAAUAACAAGACCUAUUAUAGUACAUGAAAACUUACCCAAAUGUACCUUGUCCAAUUUUGGUGAUCUUGACAUACUUGGAUGCCUCAUCACAAUAUGGAAAGUCAUAUUCUUCAAUAUACUUUUCCUUUUCCUUAGAAUUCAUAAUCCCAUGUUGGGGAGCUGCAGUGUUUGGACCAGCAGAAUUUUCCAAUCUGCAGCUUGACAUCAUUUUGAUGCUUUUUUUUUUGUAAUGUCCAAUAACGAAAAAAACAAACUUCAAAAACUCAUUUCACAAUAAUAAACAUAGCUCCUUAAGUAAAAUAUAAACAAUAACGAUAACCCAAAUUUAAUGAAACCUACUUAUAGAUUAUACCGUCAUCAAAGAGUUUAUUUCACAAAUAUGACAUUAAAUUCGAUUAAUAUUCCAGACAGACCAUCUUAUAAAAAUUAAAAUAUAUUUUGAAAAGUAUUUACAGAAAGAAAACUACUUCUCAACAGUGACCUUAUUUUGAAGGAUUGCUUCAUUUGUUUUAAUCAAGUAAGCGUUUGUAACAAUGUGUCUAUCUUCCAUGAUACGGUUUCUUGUCAAGUGAUUUGAUUGUUGUGUUUUAUUUAAUUUGUUUCAUUGAAUUUUCUCUGAUAUAUCUGAACCUAGUUGUUGUAUGGAGAGAGCCAUGACUGAUGGCAGAAAGGCACCUCUCUACGCCUUUAACAGUGGCGUUUCAGGAGAGGGCAAAUGCUGAGCUCUGUACAUUAAAUAGUCGACUUAAUGAUAGAUUAAAACAGGAUAUUACUAGGUAUGUAUUGUUUCCCUUUUACUAUGAAAUGUUGAAGGUUAUAAAUAGAAUUAUUUGUAAAUAAUGUUUCAGUGUUUAAAGAAUAUUGAUAUUUAAUGUUACUUGUGUAAAUUUUUACUCUUAAAUUGUUUUAGAACAAUUUUUUUAACUGUUUUAUAGUUAGAUAUAGUAAGUAAGUAAUUAUUAACCAUAUUUCUUUGUUAAUGCAUUAAGCGGUAUAUUGUAAAGUUCAAAGUCCUGCAAGUUUUUAUUAACUAUUUAAUCUUACUAAUUUUUAUAUGUGUUUCUUUUAAUGGUAUUUGGACUGUUUUUUAAAUGUCCGUUUAGUUGCCUGUUAAAUUGGAAGAUUAUAUUUUAAUACAUUUUUUUGUUCUUGUUUUUGAAAUCCUGAUUUAGAUUUGUUCGGAUAUAUAUAGUUUUAUUUGUAAUGAUUUUUAUAAUGUUUUGUAACUAACUAGUGUGGAUAUUAAAUAUAAUGAAUUUGUUGUUGUUUUAUUAUUUUUCAUGAAGUAUUCUAUCAAUUUUUAUUAGUGAGGGAGUGUAUCAUCGAAUCAAUAAGAUUAAAUUUUAACAUUCAGUAUCACCAUAAUGUCGGGAAAUAACAUUAAGAUAUAUGUUAGUGAAUAUUAAAUAUUUCCCUACUUAUUUUUCUAUUCAUUUCAUUUUUGUAGAUAUAAAUGGAUGAUCUUUAGAGAAACAUGUUUGAUCCUUUCCCUUCAACUGUCACUCUUCUAAUUUCUCCCCUAACUUGGUUAUACUAGCUUUCUAAAUUUUAAUGAUCUAGUUCUUUUAAACACUUUCAUAAGCAUUUGUUAUAUUAUAGUAUAAUUUGUACAAUUAUUGUACAUUACCAGCUGGAUUAUAUAAUAUGUUUAUAUGCGUAUGUAUAUAUUUAUAUAUAUGAUUGCCAGAGGUCUGGUUUAGAAUAUUUAGUGGCAAACUGUUGAAUGACUUUUUUUAUUGGCUGAAGGAUUAGAAUUAAUCAAUAUUUUUAUAUUUGCCUCACUUAAUAUAAAACAUGGUUUAAAAUAUAUUAUAAAAUUGAUAAAGAGUUUUAUGAAUGGCCUCAGUAAGUAUCCGUUAGACAAACUGUAUUGCAGGAUCUACACUGAUUGUCUGUUUGCCGAUUUGGAUUUAUUAUUCACCUCAGGAAGUAUUCGAACACAUAGAAGCCUCUUAGAGACAAGAGUACCUAACUUUUAUAAAGAACUUACUUCCUGGGAGCAUAGAAACAAUACUUCAGCUUGGAGCAAUCUCAGCUUACACCUAAUUGAAUCAUUUAUUAGGGAAGUGUACAACAGAAAUAUUCUCAAACACAAAGAAGAUGCCGUAGUUGCACAGAUACGUAUAUUAAGAGGUGAGAAGGAGUGUGAUGUUGGGAGUCCUGACUCUGAUGUGUUUGUUACUCCCAAAGCUUCUCCCUCAGAACCUCAUCUAAUUGAGCCUUACCAUGGAGUCAGCCAUAAAGUAUAUUACUCUUUAGUUCAUUUCGAAGAAGGAUCUCAGCAAGUUCUUGAGAAAGAGCUUGCAGAACAGGAUGAAUUGUCCAAUUCAUUUCGUUCUAUUAUCAUCAAAGAAACCAGGCAAAAACCACUCUCCAAUGCAACCAUAAAAUCGAAAAAUCCAUCCAAAAAAGAUGUUUCCCAAAAGCCUUCUAGACCUCAACAAUUUAAUACUAAACUGAAACCAUAUGUGAAAACAAAAUUAGUACUGAAAUUACAGAAUCAACUGGAUGAUAUGAAUAGGGUACAAGGAAUUGGGCAAAAGGAAGAGGAUAUAAUGAGCAAUCCAGAUUCAUUUUUAGAGCCUGUUUCUUCUGGUUACGUAACAGGAUGUAGUCCACGAGACACCAACAGUUCUGAAGCUCUUGGAGCUGAUACGACAGAAGUAGCCACUUCUGAAGAUAUUCCUCAUGAUGACAAAUCCAGAGGCUCUUCAUCAGUUUCUUCAGAUCCUGGUACAUGGGAUUCUACAUUUCCUACUAACGAUGAUGAUACAUUUAUUGAAAAAGAAAAUUCUGAACACAUCACAAAAUCAGACAGCAUUGUAUUUUUAAAAGAAAAGAGUAACAUCAUGAGUACAAUAAGUCCCGAAGAAGAAGGAAAUACAAAAACUCUAGACAAACAGGCAGAAUCAGCUAAAUGUUCUGAAUAUAUGUACAGUUUUUCUGAAAAAAAUGGUUCUUUUAUAAAUCUAAAAAGGGGAACUCAAUACCCAUCUUCAUUAACUAAUGAGGAGUUCAGUUCUAGUAAUGCCAUUUCAAAUAAUUUCUUUAUUGACGCAGCUAGUCUAAGGGAUGAGAAUGAAAUGUACUUACCGAAUAUUCGGAAUCCAGUAUUUACAAGUACAAAUAUAAUGCAACCAAAGACUCAUAAUUGUGAUGAUAUGUCACUUGAAAAUGCAAAUGAUAAGUCUGAUUUAGAUGUAAGAAAAGUAGAAGUGUUUUUAGAUAAAGAUCCAAAAACUAACCCAGAAUUGAAUAGUAUUAAGGAAAAAGAUGAAGUGAAUCGUACAUUAAUCAGGCGUAAUACUUUUGAUCUUGAUCCUGAUGAUAUUACUCUAUCUAGGCUUAAAGAGGAGUAUGAAAAGUCACAAAGUGAUACAGCUCAUACUGAUAAUGGUUGUAAUGUUAAUGAGAAAGAUAUAUCUCAUGAUUACAAAUUAAAUUCGGAUAAGAAAAUGGCAUUGCGUAGUCCUCAUGAAGAAGACAUGCAUUCGCCGGAUUCUUUAAACAAUGAUUUUCAUUUAGAUUCAUUUGCUAACAAUAAUGGUAUUUUAAAAAAACCUGUUGAAACUUUAAAUUCUAUUAGUGAAUGUGAGAAAAAUGAAAAUUUGCCAAUUACAACGCAAGGUGAAUCUUCAAUUGAAAAUAAAGAUUCCAAUGCAUUUGAUAUCACUUCAUCGCCUAUUAAUAUUCUUAAAAUUAAUACUUUGAAUGACUCAUAUGACAAAAAUAAAACCUCAGAUUCAUUUAUUAGUGAUUGUUCCCCAAAUGUUGAAGUAUCAUCUCGAAAAACAGAAUUAUCUAAACUCUCUGAAUCAGCUGUAGACAGUUACUUCAGUAAAAUAGAACGAACUCCCAUUGUUUCUGGAGGUUCACAAUUUUCUGAUUUAUCGAGCUCUGAAUAUUCAGUUAGUGCAAGUCCCCUUGCCAGAAGAAAAACUGAAUUCGCUCCCAUAUUAUCAGGUGGUUUUGACGAAUUGUCAUCUGUUGAACAAGGUAAAACAAAAAGUAAAGUUUCAUCCUCACUUAAUACAUCAUGGGUUGUGGACAUGAGCGGCUCUGGCAAAUCUCCGCCAGAAUCGUUAACUGAUAACAAAAUGGAUAGGAACCGUUCUGGUAAUUCUGGAACGGGUUUCUUUGUGUCACUUGAUGAUCCCUACCCGUCUUUUGACAGUUUUACUAGUACUAGUUCUGCUGAGAGAAGUGAUUCCGGGCAACUAAAGAAAAACAUUCUUACUGAAAGUAAUUCAUCGUGUGGAUUUUUUAUUGAUCUUAAAGAAAAUAAUGAGAAAAUCUUCAACAAAUCUGAACAGCAGCCUAGUCAUGAGAAAAAAUUAUUUUCAAUGUUCAUCGAUAUUGGAAACUCAAAAUCAUCUGAUAGCACUUCUCCAAAAAGUAAACCUGGUUCUCCAUUUUUCCCUAGCAAACGAAACAAAGGUCCAUCUGUUGCUGAACGUUUGACCGCUAAACAUCUGGAUAAGAAAAGUAAUUCUACAAGUUCUGAUUCUGGUCUUGACCUUGGAGAGCAUCCUGAAAUUGCAAAAGGUCGUUUAUUAUUUAAUGAGUCCUCAGAGCAAACUCAUAUUUUUUCAGAUAGUUCCAAUAAUGAUUCUGGUUUUAUUACAAAAAGGCAAAGCUUUUAUAUGUUUAUUGGAAAUGAAGAAUCUCCUGUUACUCGAAGAAAAACAUUGCCUUCUGGUAUCAAGCAGAAUACAAACAGGCAUUCAUGGAAUAAUGAGUACAAGCUAAAUUUUAAAUCAGAAACAUAUGGAAAUAAGAAAGAGCACAAGCGAUCUAGCAGUAUAUCUUAUGAUGAGUCGUAUAACAAAGAAAGAUUUUCAUCUGGACCAUCUUCAAUUGAAGAUGUCAUGUUGAAACAAAGAGAAAAAAGAAAUGGUAAUUCAGUGCUUGCUUCAUGGCAUGGACCUAUAAAACCAUCUUCUGAAUUGUCUAGGAUUAUAUCUAAUGGUAGCAGACAUGAAUUGAAGGAAAAAGCAAAAGAAACACAGAACCCAUUAGAAAGUUCUGAAACUGAAUUUCCAGACAAAGGGGAAGACAUGAGUUGUAGUAUUAAAAGUGAUGAUGUUUUUGAUAUAUCUAAUACAACUUUAUCUAGCAAAGAAGAUGUGAAUCGUACAUUUGUGGUUGAUGAUGUUUCCAAAGUUGUUAAUAUUAACACAAAUGAUUUAGAGCUGUCGACCCCAAGCCAUGACAUUGUUAGUGAUCUCUCUAAGGAUGACUCUGUCACUGAUCUUAUCCAAGAUCAGAAAUCGACCAGUUCAAAUGCAACUAACAAGAGUUCAGUUUGUGACGUAGAUCAAAACACUCCAAAACUUUCUGAGCACUCUACCUCCCAACCCGCAUUAGAUUCCGCAGGUGGAUUCGUUAAGCUAUCAGAUAUGGACAAGGAACCAGCCCAGCAAUCUUGGAAACCAUCUGUAAAGGGUUCAAGAAUGUCCCGAAGUAUCCCUGAAGGGUCAUGGAUUGAUAGUAAAAUCAUUACUAAUUCUGCUUCUAGUAGAUCACUUAGCAGGCUUUUUCCACAUCUAUAUUCAAAAUCUGAAUCACGAGAUAGUUCCUUGCAGAGCAGUUUACACUCAAGCAUUGUGGAACCUUCUCCUAUUGAAGUGAGUACAGAAGAAGAAGGUUCAUGUACUAGUGGAGGUCCAUGCUCAAGGUUGGGAGAGGAUUUGCUUCGUAUGUUUCUUGAUGAAAUUUCUCCAGAUGUGACUGUGGAAGUUGGAGGACGUCGAAUAAAAGCUCAUAAGUGUAUACUUUCAUCAAGAUGUCAAUAUUUUGCUGGAAUGUUGUCGGGUGGUUGGGUUGAAUCAGCUGGAAAUGUUAUUUCUCUUCAAGGGUUUUCUUAUAACACAGUGCACUUUGCUUUAUGUCACAUCUACAGUGGUGCAAGUCAAAUUCCAGAAACAAUAAAUAUUGUGGAGUUAGCUACACUGGCUGACAUGUUAUGUUUAGAAGGCCUUAAGGAAGUUAUCAUGUAUACUCUAAAAGUCAAAUAUUGCCAUUUCUUCCAUAAGCCAUGUUCUGGUUGCUUAGUGGGUGUAGUCGAAUGCCUCCCACUAGCUGCAGCUUAUUCUCUUGAUGAGAUAUACAGAAAGAGUUUAAGGUGGAUCACAAAGCACUUCUUAAAAAUAUGGCCAACUAAAGGUUUUGCCUCCCUUCCUAAAGAGCUUCAUGAAAAGUGUUAUAAACAACAUACAGUUCAUAUGAGUAAUGAAAAUAUUUUGGAAACUGUGAUGGGUUGUGAUAAGUUAGAGGCCACUAUUCCAAAUGUGCGUUGGGCAAACCCUGUUUUUGCUCUUAACUCAAAACUUCAUGAAGCAACAGUGAAAUAUAUAAGCCAGCACUUUGCUUCUAUACUAGCAAGUCAGGCAUUUAUGACUCUGGGUCAGGAAGAUAGCUGGACCGUCACAAGAUUGGAAGAAACACUUCUAAAUAUUUCAAAAUCAUUAUCCCCUGACCAGGCUUGCCAAUCAUAUAAAAGGAUUAAGAUAAUUUUAUCUGAUAUAAAUAAUUCUGAUCCUGAAGUGAUUGACUGGAAACUGGAGUUUCUUGAAUUACUGACUAAAUUGGAGACAUCAAUUGAAGACUGUUUGAUAAGACAAGCUGGGCGAGCUGCACGAACCACUAGUUGGGCCAAAAUGGAUCUCGCAUUAAGAAGGCGAAUACAAGAAGCAGCUUGCCUAGUAUUUACUCCAGGUCCUAGGCCGGCCUCAGCAUCAAGGGAAACUAAUAAAUCAACUAAAGCCACCGAGAUCAAACCAAAAUCACCAGCUCCAUCAUCUGGAAUUGUUAGAAAAACAGUCGUCAGUGCCAACCAUCAACCUCAUAAGACCACACAAUCGCCUGUUCCGAAACCAAAGACACCCAGUAAAUUGUCACAGGUGAAAUCUAGAUAUCUUGAACCGAAACCAGUUAGGAAAGAAACACCAGAAGCUCAGCCAAGAAGAAUGUCAGGCACAGGUAAAGCCAUAUCUUCUUCAGAUUCCUCAAGAACCUCUUCCCCUGCUACAGCAAGGGUGUCUCGUCCAGGUACAGCUGAGCGAAGAACGCCUAUUACUGGCAGAAGGUUAGCUGGUGAAUCUUCUGAAGCAACAUCUCAGAACAUCAAAGAGAAUAGGGCUUCUACAUCAAAGGAAUCAGACCCCAAAUGUGGAGCUUUAAAGCGUCAGUCAACAUUUCGUGUUGCCACAAAAUCUUCAUCAGCGAAACAAGUCACUACCACGACCAAGCAGGUGACCCGCACUCGAACACCUAGUAAUCUGCCGACUAAAACCAGUGUUAAUAACAAUAAGAUUAAGCCGCCUUCUGCGACUGCAAGGUCUGGAACUUAUCAUCGGGAUGACACAUUCCAAAACAAGAAAGCUCAGCAGAGUAAUUAAACUCUCUGUUACUGCUUAAUGCAUUUUGCUUUUAAACGUCAUUUGCAAAACUAGUCAAUGUGCCAUUAGAAGCUUCAUACGCAACCCUUGCAUUUAUAAUGUUUAGUUAGUAAUCUGUGUGGUGUUAGUUAUCUGUAAUUACUUAAUUGUGCAAUUUUGUUAUUGUUUAGUUCAUCUAGUAUUUGUUAGCGUAUUAGAAUUUGUUAGUAUUAUUUUCUUAAGUAAAAAAAGGAUAUUUUUAUGUUUGUUUUUGUUUUUAUUAAAUGCUAUUGAGUUAAAAUUAUAUAUUGUAAGUUUGCACAUUUUUAGAGCAUUUUAUUAUUUGAACUUCAUAUUUAUCUUAGUAGUGUUAACACUUAUUCGAGUGCAGCUUAAGAGCCUCUAAUAGUUGGUAAUUUAGUAAAAAUAAACUAGUGACACAAUAUAAUCAAUUGUUGAUUUUGAAAAAGUCUAUUAUUCUGAAACCAUGUCAUGUAGAUUUAAUUUCAAUCAAAAUAUAAAUAGUUUAAUAAUAGUUAUUAUAAUAUUAAAUGAAUUUUAGGAAAAUAUGAUUAUUAGAGAUAUGACCGUUUAUACCUUCUAAACCCAAAAUUCAUGGCCAAGAGAGAAUGUUAAUUUAAUUUUUAAAAAACGUAUUUUCUCUUUUUACCCCUAUACUAUGUUGCAUUCAAUAUUUAUUUAUUAUUUUAUGUAUGGCUGCCUCGAAUGAUUAAGUUAUAUUUAUAUGUAGAUCAAUAAAGAUCGAGUGUGUAAUACACCCUAAUAAUAUUUGUGCAGAUAUAAUCUACUACACUAGUCAUUUUUCACAUUCCCAGGAGUGGAUGAAUCCAUUAUUUGUGAUCUCUCUGUGAUUAUUAUAUAUUUAUUUUUAUGAAUUUCGGAUUACUUUAUGAUUAUAAUAAAAAAUGUAUUUUGAUUAUAUUGUAAACCCCCCAAUAGCUGUACAUGUAUCUUGACUUUUUACAUUAUUCGUACUUUUCUUUUUUGUUUUCUUCUCAGUAUCAUAACUUGUUUAUUAUAAACAUUUAGCACUUCUACUUUUAUGUACUUAUUUAUUUAUUGCUUAUUUGUAUAUAACUUGUUUCUUCUAAUUUUUCAAUGAUCGCGUUUAACUUGCGUUGUUAGAAUGUUUGUAAAAACUUUUGUAAUAUAUCAGAUUAUUUGAAUUCCCUUUUAACGGGAUAUAUAUUAUUUACACGUUAAGUAGCUUAUUAUUUGUGUGUGUAAAUUAAAAUAUUUUCGCUCUCUUUUUUGUGGGCAAGCAAUAUUUGAAUAUGUAUUAUGUAUAGACUUGUUGAUAUAUCUGUGAAUUUUAUACAUUUAAUACCAUUAAACUAAAGAUUUUUAAAACCUUCCCCACCAAUGAAGUGUGAAAUUAAACAUUAGGCUGAUAAGUUACCCCACCACUUUGUAUUGUAUUGUUUAUUACUGCUAAUUAACUUUUAUUUUUCUAAUUAAUUAUAAAUUUUAUAUAAAUUGAACCAUUACAUCAGUAUUAAUUGCUGAUACAAAGAUUAAGGUUAUAUUUAAUGAUUUUUCGAGCUCUGUAUAUCAUGUAAGUGUUGUGCUACAUUAUAUCAUAUGAAAAAAUUA